UUGUACCAAAGAGAUAUAGAAAAAGCAAUUGAAAUGUCACUAAUGAAUACACCUUAUGACAGAAAGGAUAAUGAUGUUGGACAAAAUGAAAGCAGUCAUAUCAAAAUAAAUGGUGAAGGUAUCGAUGAUGAUGCACGCGACACCUGCGAUGCACGUGACACCUGCGAUAAGAGUAGUGCUAAAGUGAACAAGAUUCAUGACAAUGAUGUCGAAAGUGAUUCCAAUGAAAAGAAAAUUGUGAACCUAAAGAACGGCAAGAAAAUGUCUGGUGGGAGUCAUAUGUUUUCCGAGUCAUCCGACUACAAAUGCACCCCUGUUGUUGGUACAAAGGAGAAAAAGUCAUCACCUAUAAAUUCUUCUAAAGAGAGCGUUAAGCAUAUGAAAAAUGAGGGGACAAUCUCAACAUUUUCUUCACCUAAACUGUUUACAAACAAAACCAGCGGUUCUUUUUGUCUUGGCGGUGUUAAAAUUAAGAAUCCAGGUCCGCCAUUACGUGUAGGACUAUCAAGAAACCAUAAGGUAAAACCACUUCACAAUAACGUUACGCUUUCUCAAUAACAACUUACUUACACCAAAAUAUUUUAUCUCUGUUUUAAUAAAAUAUGUGAAAUGAGUUGUAGGUGAUUUGUAAAUAUUUCAAUGUAUAAUAAACAUUGUAAUUAUACAGUAAAAAAACACUCAAAACAUGUCGUUACGGCC